UCACUUCUACCACUCCGCCUAUAUAUUCACCCUCUCCUUCUUUCACUUUCCCCAUCACCACUCUCAUCUUUCUUCGAGAAAUCCAUCAGCCAUGGUUUCUUUUCACUCACCUCAGUGGCAAAAGCAUGAAUUCUCUGAGGGUUUAUCCAACAAGAGAAAGAGAGGAGAUGACCAGUUCGUUAUCAGUUCUGCAGAUAGGUCUCAGGGAGCCAAAGACAUCAAUUCUCUGCUUGGAAAUGAGGUUCCUCUCUUGGCUCCCCUUCCUUUGGAGUGGCAAAGAUGCCUAGACAUUAAGUCUGGGCAAGUAUAUUUCUACAACACAAGGACGCAGGAGAAGACAUCAAGGGAUCCAAGGCUAAGCCCGGAGCCGGUUCCCAAGAGCUUGGACCUGGAACUCAACCUAUUAUGCGGAUCAUCGGAGAAACACAACAACGUCGGCGACAAUUUCACAAAAUCCGACGUUUCUCCCGGAAUCCCAGGGUUUCCGGAUAACGAUCUUGGCGAUGGGGGCAAGAAGAAAAGAGGGGGGUUUCUAAGCCUAGCGCGAUCGCCGUCGUGGUUGACGUUCGACGGCGAUCAACAGGCGGAGAUGGUGACGGCGGUGUGCAAGAAGUGUCAUAUGUUAGUGAUGGUUUGUAAGUCUUCGCCGACAUGUCCCAAUUGCAAGUUUGUAAACCUCCCAGACCAGAAAUCUCCAAACCUUUCCAAUCAAAGGCCAAGCCUCUUAUGUUAAAUUAUUAUCAUUAAGAGUUCGUAGCCGCUUACGUUUCCCCAGCCGCAACAACGUCUUUACAGACGGCAUCUUAAUUGGGCGUUCCCAGAAGAUGAAGUGUAUGUCAAUAUGUGUAAAUAUAUUUACCUUAAGAAAGAAGGCAAACGUGGGGUACGGUAACGACUCUCCAGUCUCCAAGGUUUAAGACCAUGAAUGAUAUUUAUAUUGUACCCUAAAAUCAAUAAUCCAAUGGAGGUUUGCCAAUUCUCAAUUAUAUCAACUUUAUUUCAUCA